GAAGAAUGUUGGUUGGUCUUCUACUUGUAAUAAAGUUGGACAGAGCCUUGGUAGUGCAAUGGCAUUCAUUCCCUUAGUUUGUUUGGAGUCUCCAGAAAUUCCCAACAAAUAUUUCAGAAGAACGCCUAUAGAAGACAAAGGAUUCGUAACAUAUCCUGGUUUUCUCUACGUAAGUGGUUUGGCUUUUAUGAUAUUGAAUACACUUGUGGUAGUAUUUAAACAUGAAAAAGGCUCUAAAUUGGAUGAAACUAUUCGUCAUUUCGUAAAACGUUUAUUUUGUAAAUCAAAACACACAAAACAAUCGUUGAACACUGAACAUACAAAUGAAAAAUCAGUUAAUUCGUUAGAUCAAUUUUAUGCGAAAACGGACAAUGACAUCACAUACUUAAAAUCAUCCUCUUUAGAUUGUGUUCUAGCAGGUGAUACAGAGAGUACCGAAGUCAGUGCAAAAUCUCAACCAAAUCAAGAUGAAGUGGAAGAAAGUGAAAAUCUCUCAUUACUUGAUACCUAUAAAAUUAUUAUUGGUGUUAUUCAACUGAAGCCUGUUGCGUUGUAUUUGAUCAUAAUAAUUUUAGUAAAGGUGUGCUCUUUUGGUGUAUAUUUUGCUAUAAAUUUAAAGCUAAUUGAACAAGGUUUUGCUAAAGAGAAACUCGCGUUAAUGACUCUGGCAUUUGUACCAGUAGAAUUUAUUUUACCAUUGUUAUUUGUACGUUAUACUGUCGGACCAAAACCACUGACUUUCGGUAUUAUGACAUUUAUACCAAGGUUAUUGUCAAAUUGUUUGUUUAUUCCAAUUAUUCAUUUCACACCGUAUUUUCGAAUGUUAAAUGACAAUUCAAUGAUCAAUCAUUCAAAUCUGACAACAUUAAUUGAUAACACAACGACUAUUCAUAAUAAUACAUUAGAUAUGAUGAUAAAUAAACCAACUUAUUCAUUUCCAUGGAUAUUCUAUGGAAUAUUAACCGGUGGUUUCCUUUGUGAGAAGAUUACUUCAGUUAUUAUAUAUGUUCAAUUUCAAGCGUUCAAUGCAAAAAUAAGUGAUCCAGUUAUUGGAGGAACUUAUAUGACAUUAUUGAAUACGGUGUCAAAUAUUGCUAAUACUCUAGGAUCUACUAUCUGUCUCGCUCUCAUAGAGCCUUUGACAAUUCGUUCAUGUAGUAAAAACGAAACUCAUUCUGGAAUAGGCAAAAACACUGCUGAGACAUUGGGUAACAGUUCAUUGUCUUUAGAUGAAAAUAAGACAACAGAAUCCUGUGUUAAAUUAUUUGAUGGAUACUUCAUAGAAGUGAUAGCUUUUCUUAUCAUUGGUCUAAUAUCGUUUAUAUGGUUUAUAUAUCCGAAAGUGAAAUAUUUAGAAAAAUUGCCAACAACCAAAUUUACUUACAAUCCAACUAAUGGGGAACGCACUUGUUUCACUAGACUUUUUAAUGUUUGUCGUAAAACAGAACAACAGUCACUAGUUUUAACUAAUAAUAUUGAGUGUAUACAUGACAAUAAUAAUGAUGAUCGUAAUGAUAAUCAUAAUAAGAAUACGAUUUAUCGUGAUGAAAUCAAUUCUUCUCAAACAAAUCAUCUUUAAUGAACAAUUUUUAUCUGUGUACAUUGAAAUAUUAUUGAUUUCCGGUUAAUGA